UUACCGCGAUCUUGCCCAUUACUACUAUGUCUCUCCCUCGUGCCAACUACGACCCCCGUCGUGUCUGCCUCAAUCCUUUCCCAGAAUUUACCUUAGGAAAGCACCGUCGUACAGUAGGCGUAUACAUUGCAGGAGCACUGUUUGCUCUUGCCCAAUGGACAUUCUUUGAUGCAGCCAUCCUCUCUGCCCAUGCAAAGCCGGAAUGGGGCGGAGACCCUCCAGUGCAUGUAAAAUUCCUGGACUGGCUACCAGGUCUCUCGUCGUUGCUGGGCUUCCUCAUUGUCAACGUCAUCGACAAAGACCGUAUCAAGGGCGAUGAGGGAUUUGGAGACUCGGGAGCUGUUUGGCGAGCUCGUUUGUUCUUGUUCAUCGGGUUUGCGUUCAUGGCUGGUGGUUUGGCAGGCAGUGUGUGUGUCCUGAUUCUUAAAUAUAUUCUCGGUGAUUACCCUCAGCAGUUCUCUUACUAUGGAUACGCAAACGUAUCCCAGAAUAUUGCAAUGAUGCUUGCAGGUGUCGUGUUGUGGAUUGCUCAGAGCUCGAGUGGAGAAUACGAAUACAAUUUGACGUUAUGAGUAGUCUACUUGAAGCUGUGCGUACAAUCUAUUUAUAACAACCAGCUUGGAGGCUGUUGCAGCGAGCUGCAAGCAUGUUAUAUUAUACCUCGGCGCUCGGUAUUGACGGCGUCUCCCAUAAAGUCAAUUUCUAUUC